CCUCAGAAGACUAUGAGAUCAUUCUGGAAAGUCUCUUCAAGUCCAGCGGGGGCGAGUAAAGGUGGAGAUGAGCCCGGGAAAUUGCCGGAACAAGAGGAGGACGAGGACGAGGAAGAGGAGGAGGAGGACUCCCAGGUCUUGCACGGAACAGGCCAUUGCAAGUGGUUUAACGUGCGCAUGGGGUUCGGGUUUAUUUCCAUGAUCAACCGAGAGGGAAGCCCCUUGGAAGCGCCGGUUGAUGUGUUUGUACACCAAAGCAAGCUUUUCAUGGAAGGAUUUAGAAGCCUAAAAGAAGGAGAACCAGUGGAAUUUACUUUUAAGAAAUCUUCCAAAGGCCUUGAAUCAAUACGGGUAACAGGUCCAGGUGGGAUUCCCUGUUUAGGAAGUGAGAGACGACCCAAAGGAAAGACAGUACAGAAAAGAAAGCCAAAGGGAGAUAGAUGCUACAAUUGUGGUGGCCUCGAUCAUCAUGCUAAGGAAUGUACUCUACCUCCACAGCCAAAGAAGUGCCAUUACUGUCAGAGUAUCAUGCACAUGGUGGCAAACUGUCCACACAAAACUGCUCCACAGCAGCCUACUAGUUAUCAGGGAAGAUACGAAGCAGAAUCCCAGCCUUCUACAUCAACAUUACAGAGAGAAGGAGGAGGGGCUUAUGGCUAUACAUCUUUAUCAUAUCCUCAGGAGGGGAGGGCAGACAUCUUUGAACGUUCAGGAAGGUCACCACAAGAAGCUGCUUCCAGUAAGUUAUCUGCAUCACCUGAAGAACAGGGCCGAAAAGGGCCCUCUGUUCAAAAACGGAAAAAGACUUAAAAGAGCUUUGUCACAACCUUUUCUUCAUCUUACCCUCUUGGGAUGCCUACCUCAUUUAAGCACAAGGAGAAUAAUUUCACAGCCUGGAAUUUUAACUACUGCUGAGGAAACUGUGAUCUUUUUCAAAAGCAAAGCAGACCAGUCACUCCAAGCAAAAUGUAAUUUGAGUUGAAUGUCUUGUGUGUGGGGUUUUGUUUUGGGUUUUUUUUUGCAUUGUAUGACUGUGCACAUGUCUUGAAUGUA